CUCUCUCCCUGUCUCUCUCUCUCUCCCUCUCUCUCUCUCUCUCUCCCCCUCGAGCUCCCGGCUGCCCGCGGCUCCCUCGCGCUCUCCCCUCUCCGGUAGGCUCCACCAAGCGGUGCGAGCUUUGGGAGACAGCGACACCGCCUCCCGCUAGAGACCUGCCCCCCGGCCCGGCCCGGCCCCCUGCCCAGCCCUGCCCUGCGCGCAGGGGUCGGCGAAGGCGCCGCGGACGCACCGACCGCUGAGGACCCGCGAUGCACAUGCACUAGCAGCACCCCCUCACUCACUCCCUCCACACCCCGCGCCGCCGCCGCCUCCUCCUCCUCCGGCAGCAGCGGCAGAAGGACCCACCCUGCCCCCCACCCCACCCUCCGCCGGCUCCGGCUGCGGCUCCUGCCUCAACUAUUAUUUUAUUUAUUUUGGGUCGUGCACAAGCCUCAGUGCCUGCAGCCCGCGCCUCCUCGGACCGCGGGCGCCUCCUCCCUCGGCCCCGGAGCCCCAGACCCCGGCCACCUUCGCCUCGACACCCCUAGAGCCCGCCAGCUGCCGCGAGUCUCCGCUGCUGGAAUCUUGUUAGCGGCCGUCUUUUUGGGGGGUUCUGGUUUCCCGACAUUUUUGUUUUCAGCCAAGGGAAGGAUAUCGUGGUUUUUUCCCCUUUGAGCCCAGGCUCUGCUCUCCGGGGGGGUGGGGGGCGCGCCGAGCCGGGGAGCCGUGCCAGCCGAGUCGUGCGGGCUGUGGCAGGGAAGGGGCCACCAUGGGAUGUACUCUGAGCGCAGAGGAGAGAGCCGCCCUCGAGCGGAGCAAGGCGAUUGAGAAAAACCUCAAAGAGGAUGGCAUCAGCGCCGCCAAAGACGUGAAAUUACUCCUGCUGGGGGCUGGAGAAUCAGGAAAAAGCACCAUUGUGAAGCAGAUGAAGAUCAUCCACGAAGAUGGCUUCUCCGGAGAAGACGUGAAACAGUACAAGCCUGUUGUCUACAGCAACACCAUCCAGUCCCUGGCAGCUAUAGUCCGGGCCAUGGACACUUUGGGCAUCGAAUAUGGUGACAAGGAGAGAAAGGCUGACGCCAAGAUGGUGUGUGACGUGGUGAGUCGGAUGGAAGACACCGAGCCCUUCUCUGCCGAACUGCUUUCCGCCAUGAUGCGGCUCUGGGGCGACUCAGGAAUCCAGGAGUGCUUCAGCAGGUCUCGGGAGUAUCAGCUCAACGAUUCUGCCAAGUACUACCUGGACAGCCUGGAUCGGAUUGGGGCCGCCGACUACCAGCCCACCGAGCAGGAUAUCCUCCGAACCAGGGUCAAAACCACUGGCAUCGUAGAAACCCACUUCACAUUCAAGAACCUCCACUUCAGGCUGUUCGACGUCGGGGGUCAGCGAUCUGAACGCAAGAAGUGGAUCCACUGCUUUGAGGACGUCACAGCCAUUAUCUUCUGCGUCGCGCUCAGCGGCUACGACCAGGUGCUCCAUGAAGACGAGACCACGAACCGCAUGCACGAGUCCCUGAAGCUUUUCGACAGCAUCUGCAACAACAAAUGGUUCACAGAUACGUCCGUCAUCCUGUUCCUUAACAAGAAGGACAUAUUUGAAGAGAAGAUCAAGAAGUCCCCGCUAACCAUCUGCUUCCCCGAAUACACAGGCCCCAGUGCCUUCACCGAAGCCGUGGCUUACAUCCAGGCCCAGUACGAGAGCAAGAACAAGUCCGCCCACAAGGAGGUCUACACCCACGUCACCUGCGCCACCGACACCAACAACAUCCAGUUUGUCUUUGACGCCGUGACGGACGUCAUCAUCGCCAAAAACCUGCGGGGCUGCGGCCUCUACUGAGCCCCUGCCUCACCCCCGGCUGCCCACCUCCCUGCCUGGCCUGCUGCCCCGCCCCUCCCCUGGAACCAGAGCGCCACCCCCGCUCACACCGAUCUCUGCACUUGACAGCGAAGCACCUGCGGCCGGCACCACGGAGGGUGGAGGGCACAGCCUCCGGGGGCCGCCCCUCCCCCAGACGCCAGAACACGCGGUAACGCGGGGGCCGGGCCGGGGGGCUGAGCGGCCUCCGCUUCAUCUCUGAGUGUUUGGUCCUGGGGGGAUGGUGGCCGCCGUUUGGCCCGGAACGGGCAUGCGCUACACUUGGUAACUCAUACUCGAAGCCCCGGGGUCUCCUCCUGUGUGGGGGUGGCUCUGGGGGACACGGUGCCGGCCGGGGUGGGGCCAGCGGGAGCCACUGCUCAGCCUUUUCUGGGGUCUGUCUGGUCGAGGGCAGCUCCGUCACCAAAAGCCAGGGUGGGACCAGCCCAAGCACGUGGGGGUCCCAGGGCUCAACCUUGGCGAGUGCCUCCCUCCUCCUUCUGCCUGGAUCUCAGCCCCCAGGCACAAGCCCUUUCUAAUCUGGACCAUCCUUCCUUGCACACCCGUGGAGGAACCCCAUCCCUGACUCCUCACAGCUCUGGAAAUGCUUCUGCGACGACGGGUAUUGCAAAGGCACGUGGUGGAUGGUGGGAGGGGUCGAGUCCCGCGCCCAGCUCCGGUGUUGUCUGGGAUGGGGGCCUCACCCAGUGCUUGCAGGCUCGAGGGUGACCCAUUCACUUUCUCCCAGCGCCUGGGUCUCAGGCAGCGGCUCCAGAAUGUGAGUAGACGCGCUUCUCCUUCUCGAGUCACAGUGAAUCCAGCUCAGCAAGGGCAGGCACGGCCCCUCGGGCCCCCUGUUUUGAGGUUGGGGAGGCCCAGGGGAGGUAUUGAUGUGGCCCCUGCAACCGAGGCCGUGGUGAAGAAACCAGACUUUGUGCAGAGCUUGUGCUGUCCGGCCAGCCCUCAGAGGCAGAGGAGGGCCGACCGAGGCUGGAAUGUGCACUGCGAAGGGGCCAAGGCUGGCUCGGACGCAUACCCAGCGCCCCCUUCUCUGGAGAGAGGGUCCUAGGAGGCCUGGGAGGGGCUUUGCUACAGAGGUUCCUGAGCAGGCAGGGGUGGGUGACUCUGGGAACUCCUCGGGCAAUCAGCACGCCUCUCUCUCACACCCGGGAGCCUCGGGGGGCCAGUGCCACCAGCCAAGGCCACAGACAGGCCCCGGGGGCUCAUAUGGCAGGCUAGGGAAUCAGAUGUGCCCCUGGAGGGGCCCCUGGCUCCUUCCUCCAGCCCUCUGCUCUCCCAGCCUCCACUCUGGGCUCUGCUCCUGGACACCCAGUGCGGCCCCCUGGGCUGCCCCAGAGCCAGGAAGAGCCCCGUGGCAACAGCUCUGGGCUUCUCGGUUCCAGCAGCCCCGGAGCUCUGGCUGCACAGGAGGCCCAGGGCAGCACCCCCCGACCCCCAUGCCAAAUGCCUACAGGGAGGGGCGCCACCGGUAAGCCCCCUCCGUCACUGCGCUCUGAGCGCUGCACCCCGGCCGCCUCGGGGCAAAUCACAGGGCUGCCUUGCUGUGUGCGAGGCCCCCGGGCGCUGGCGCAGCAGAGGACAGCGCCGAGAGCCGGCGGUCUCCAAGCCCUGCCACAAGCGGCCGGGGCCAGUGAGGCCGCUCUGCCCAAGAGCGAAGACAUAGCGGGUAUUUUCCGGCAUUCCCACCCGGGGGGGGUGGUCAGCUGCGCCCCCAGCUCGCCCCGGGAGCCCACACUCACAAGCAGCCCCCAGAGGAGGGUCGCUUGGCCAGCCCCACCUCUGAGGCUUGUGGCCCUGGAGGUGGGAGCCGCUGGCCGCCUGGGGCCUUCCUGUCCUUCUGGGCCCAUGGGCCGCCCUGCUGCUUGCAGUGCUCCCGCUGUCCCACCCUCCCUGCCGCAGGGGUCCCCGCUGUCUAGUGGGAACCCACAAGGAGAGGGUAUCCGGGAUGAAGGUCCCUCCCCGUCCGCUGCAGCUCCCAUCCACGUCGUUCCCAGUGGCGCCACAGUGGGGAGGGAUGACAGAGGGGGACACGAGUUUUGGCUCCGUCGCGGGUGUGGGUGUGAGGGGAAGAGGUUGAGAGUGUGAGAGACCAGAUUCUUGUCCAUGGUGGCCACAUGCAUGUCCCCAAAAGGACCAUGCUUAAAGUCUGUGAAUGGCUCUAACUGAGCGGGCUAAGGACACCUGGAUUUCUAGGAGGAGCACCUUUGCCAGACCCAUGACGAUUGUGCGCGCCGCCUAGAUGCCUGUGGGCCAGGUCUGUGCCCCGCACCAACCGCCCUCCCGAAAGCCCGCUCUUGGCCGAGCAGGCCGUCCUGCUGAGAACCAACAGGCCCCCUGGGCUCCCGGCCUGACUGGAGGGAGCCCUGCCGAAGGCCCAAGUAGGAGCUCAGGUGAACCUGCGCACUCCGGCCUGAGGAGGGUGUGGGCUCUGGCCCAGGCCCGAGCAGGACAGCUGUGACACUCUGGGCUCCUGGGACAUUUUCCAUGGAGGCUUUAGAAGCCAGGGGCCCUGGCCCCUUCCCCUCCCCUCUCGGGGUCUAUAGCCGUGAGCUCCGACCCAGGAAUGUUGGCAGAGCCCAGGCAGAAGGCCACCGCGCCUCUCCCGGCAGCCCAGCUCCACACCCCGCUGCGGGAACCGGAGAUACCCGGGCCCUCCGCGACCAUCCGGGGCAACAGUGAGUCUCCCGCGGCGGGGGAGGGGUGCAGCAGUAGCAAGAGACACCCCCCCACCCGCCACAGGACCCCUCGUAGGCGGGCUGUCUGUAAACCCCCAACAGGGAAGGCCGGGGAGUCCUGGGGAGUCCUGUCUCCGAGGCCCUUCUGCCCGCAUGAGCCCAGUAAGGAGGGGCCGCCCCCAGGAGUGUUCACAGUUACCCCGCAGUGGCGCAGUGGCCGAUUCUGCAAGUUUUUCCUGCCUCCACCCCCGCCUCCCUUCUUGACCUUCCCUCUUUCCCCCUGGCCUCACUCAGAGUGCUCCUCAACCCUCUUGGUAAGUAAACCGGCCACAGUCCCGACUCAGCCCCUGCUCCAGACCAGGUGGGGCUCGGUCCAGCCCCCUUUGGGAAGUCAGGCUGCAUCUGUUCUUCUCCGAGCUUCUGGGAGUUAUUAGGGGCACCUGGCAGCUCUCAGGCACGGAGGCCCGAGGCUCCGGCUCUGUGGCCACCAUGGAUUCAAUCUGGGGUGCCAGGGGCAAGCACCCACAGACGGCUCCCCCCCCCCCCGCCGCCCCCGAUCAGCGCCCAAACCUACGGCAGCCCAGGGCACAACACACAGACCAGGGGACAGGGCCACGCUGGGCGCUGCCGCCCCCGACUCCCCAGUGAGGCCGGUCCUGGGCCACCCUGCCCAGAGGCCUUCCCUCCGGGGGCUCAGGGCUCCGACAGACCCCGCGCCAGCCAAACACCCCUGUCAAGGGAGGGGCAGGCGGGGACAGAAGCAGAAAGAGGCCUAAGUCCUGGGCCCUCUCAUCCGAGAUGGGGAGGGGGUUCCUCUGGAGGGGAAGCGCUCAACCCCGGGCCCAGUGCUCCAAGACCACCCGCGGGAGCCCACACCCCUUACAGCACUGCUGUGACCCGUUCCCUCCCCGCCUCCCCACUCCCAUCCCUCCUGCCUCCGCUCUUCUCCUGGCCCAUCCCCACCCCUCCCAGGCCUCCUCCCCACGCUCCCACCCCCACCCCCGUCCCAGGCAGAGGGGAGCCGGCCACCUCCCAGCCCCGCCGCCGCCCACCCCACAUUAACUAAUUUUGUAAGAAGAGUGACUUGUUGGUU